UUGCAUUGGAUUAUACAGUGUUUACACACAGGGGUUAUCAGAGGUCAGAAUGGUGGAGUGGACAGUAAAGAAGGACUCCAACUCGCAAAACACCAAAUAUAUUAUCAAAAACAUGUCAGUGAAGCAAGAAAUAUACUUUCACAUUUGACAGGGGAAGGUCAGUCUGACAAAGUGCACGGCAUGCGAGGUGCAACUGCACGACAGAAGAGUGUGAAAACCAGAAAAGCUUUUCCUGUCCCACAUCCUUUCACACACUCGUCUACUGCAGUCUCACGGCCUUAGGCGCACACGGAGGAGAGAACAACAUGGAGAGGGAGGGGAUGCUGGUCCGGUCUAUUUACUACGGGAGAAUCGGCAGCGAGGCCACGGAGAGGCUGCUGGAGAGGUUUGGACAUGAUGGCAGCUUCCUGCUGAGAGACAGCGAGACGGUGCAGGGGGCCUACUGUCUGUGUGUGAGGAAAGCGCCGUUUGUGCACACCUACAGGCUUGUACGCUCCACAAACGGCUGGUGUCUUCAGCAGGAUCCAGGAGUCAGACCGCAGAGUUUUGGGACUCUGGAAACACUGAUAGAGAAUUACAGAAGGGUUGCAGCCUCUGAUGUUGGUGUAGCUCCCCUCACAGAACCCCUGGACAAAACACACCUACGAUACAGCUUUGGACAAGGUAGGACACGCACACUUGUUAUACUGCAUCAAAAUCUGGACCAUGCAAACCAGGCACAAGGAGACAGAGAUACUGUGACUUCAGUGUGUGUUUUUGUGUUUUUGUGUGUUUGCGGUAUAUCAAAGAGUUCCUGUUCAGCUAUGACAUGUCUGUCGUUCUCAUUCAACCCUAACACAUUCUCAAUGGUGUCCUCCACAGAGUUUUUUUACAUGGAAAUGUGAAUCAACAGUAGCUCUGUCUGUUGAGGUCAUGUCUUUAUCCUGGCAGACCGAGGCGCUUAAUCAAGUGGACUUACAAGAUGGCGAAAACCAGCAUUUUGUGUAACAACAAGGGUCUGUGUGCUGCCAUCUUCUCAAAUGUAUCUAUUUUUUGUGUCUCUUUGGUAUCAGUAAAAAAAAUCACAUUAUUACUUUACACAAGGCCACUGUAGUGUAUGCAUAACCUGCCAAUUUUUUGUACGUAUUUGACCAAGUUCUCAAGAUUCCUUGAAAGUCUUUAAAACAUUUUUUUUGUUUCCUAAUGAGUGUAGGAACAAACAAAAAAAACCAGAUGUAAAUAUAGCGCACACAAUUUCUGAUGCUGUGCUAUUUUGAUGUUUGGUGUCGUGUAAUAAAGAUGAUGAGUCACCAUGUUUGUUUCUGAUUUUUACCUUGGGGAAGUCACACUUUAGUACAGUGAUCUAUUUGAUCUGUGCGGUUUGUCGGCACAUCUUUUAUUUCAUCUUAUCAUAUCAGAUCAUAUAAUCUUAAAUGGGCAUCUCACAAUGCGGUGUAAGUCAUUCAUUCAUUGUUGCAACGCAAGGUUCUUCUCAGUCAUCGGGGAUAUCCAACCUGCAUUUUCAGGUCUUACAACAAGCUCCUACUGAUCUCAAUCUGCAAUUGAAUGCAAAAAAAGAAAGAAAAACGUCAUGCUCCUCACAAAUGGUUGAUGUUUGUCUGCUGUUUUUAACAUAACCGGUAGACAUCUUGGAUGGCUCACCAAUUGGUCAGGCUAGGUUUAGCUUCACCUUAAGCUUUACCAGUGUUACAGUCAAUCUACCAGACUGAAACACAGAGUUUCUCCAAAGUUCCUCCCUGACAGUUCCUCUGAACGGCUGCGAACUUUGAAUAUAAAGUACUUUGUAGUACAUGUCACAUUUAUCACAACAUUUGAUUCUGAACAUAUUUUCAGUCUUAAGUAUCGGCAAAGUAUUCGAGUCAACAUACUAUGCCAAUGAAACUGAUAAACAACUUUGAAGCAUGUCUGUGGCCUUAUAGGAAGUACUAAUGACUUGAACCCACAAUCAUGUGAUUACUGUCUGAAUGCUGCAACAAGCUGACCAGGGCUUCAUCUUUAGUUGAGUCAGUCUAAGUUCACUGCUGCGGUCAAAAGCUCUCUUUAGCUUUAUCAGUUGCAGUGUUUCUGUUAAUUUUGCCCUCAUGUUUUACUUUCUGUAUCUGCAGCCACCAUUAUAGCAGUUUUGUUUUAGCGUGUCACUCCAUUUUAUUGUGAAUUGAUGUGAUCUGUGCUUGAAACCUUCCGUCUGUGUUUGAAAGUCAGCUGUGAAACCAGACUUGAUUUGUUCGGAUUAGCUCUGAUUUGGCGUAAACCAGGUUCAGUUUGUUAGGCUCAUUCAUUCAUUGUGUGAACUAACGAGG